AUGCUCCUCGCUCUUGGAGAUGUUCCGUUUGAUGGAAUGGAAAGAUGUUCCUGGGAUGAGUUUGAAAUCAUUGCACAAUACUGCGACACUGUUUCCCCUGACUUCAUAUUGGAACUUGGCAAAGUAGCAACUGUGUUAAAGAAGGCAAUUUGGGAUAGUGAGCUCAACUUUACGGAAUUGGAUCUUAUCAUCACAUCACUUUUGUCGCCUACAUCUCAUCCACAUAAAGAGCCAAUCUCUCACAGACAAUCUGAGAGGCCUUCGAAACGAAAUUCUGAAAGUUACGGUCAGCAAAAUAAGAAGCAAUGCCGGGAUACACAAAUCCGCCUGGACGAGACUAUAACUCCGUAUGAUACAAGGGACGGAGACCUACGAGAAAGCACGCAAGAUGAACAACGACUUCAAUCUUGGCAGGAUACCAACAAUUCGAUGGGCAUUACUAAUCAUGAUGAUAAUGCUUCCGAUACAACUCCGCCCUCGCACGAGUUGCUCGUCAGCAAUAACCAUUUUCCUAACCCUGCGACACGAUACAAUAACAAUGGGAAUACGUACACCUUUCGUUCUGGUUCGUAUGAUUUUGAUCCACAUUCGACAACAAGGCAAGAAGCUGAUUCCUGGUUUGAUGAUGAUCCUGCUGCCUUGAUAAGAUUAGGUAGCGACGAAAGACGUUCUGUUGAACAUAACGAUAAUUCGGCUGCUCUACCAGGCAUGGGUCAGGAAUUUGCUUUCACCUUUAUCGAUGAUCCGGCUGCUCUAGUGGGCAUGAGCCAGGAAUUUCCUUUCCACUUCGUUGAUGACCCGGCUGCGACGUUAAGCACAAGUGACGAGAAUCUUGGGGAAACUAGUGAAGAUAUACUAAAAUAUGAAAAAUACUGA